GCCAACAGCGGCAGCACAAGGAAGAGAGGAGAGCAAGCAGGAUCGCAACUGAAAUGGCCACCAAACUAGUGGAUCUGGUGUACUGGCGGAACUUGAGGAGGACCGGUGUGGUGUUCACGGGUCUGGUGAUCGGACUGGCCAGUGUGUACCAGCUCAGUGCCAUCACUGUGCUCUCCCACAUCUGUCUGGGUGCCAUGUGUGUCACUUUUCCCCUCCGUCUCUACUAUAAACUGCUGGAGCUGCUUCGCUGGAACCCCGGGGUUCACCCGUUCCAGUCGUAUUUGGACAAUGACAGUUCUCUGACAGAUAAGGAGACAGUAAUGCUAGUGGAGGAGGUGGUGCUACUGAUCGCAUUUGCCGUCACAGAGAUCAAACGCCUGAUUUUCAUCGACAGCAUUAUUGACUCCUUUAAGUUUGUUGUGCUCCUGUACCUUCUGACCUACGUCGGCUUCCUAACCAAUGGACUGACUCUGGUGAUAACUGCUGUGAUCGCCAUUUUCUCCAUUCCUCUUUUCUACAAAAAGCAGCAGGUGCGGAUAAGGAGGAUGGUUAGAGCAGUUAAAGCUUUUGUAAAGAAAAUCAGAAACCUGUGCCUCAGUGUUUAUGACUCAGCGAGACCCUCUCCUGCACCCGAAUCUGCACCAAAACCUGCAUCUGCCCUCAGACAGAAGGCCAAGUCCAAGUAACUUGUUGGUCAAACGUUGAAAGCACCCAGAAUUUGGGAUUUGGAAAAUGUUUGAAUUGUACAUCUUCUGUGGGGGCCGGCGGAAGGGCAGCUCAUUUCCAUUUCUCCACCACGAUGCUUGUUUAUGGGAGCAGGAUUUAAUCGAUACUGACAGCUGAGACAAAGCUGCCAUUCACUCAGGAAAGGGAGCGGAAGGGCACGAGGAGAAGAAUUUUAUUUACUGAGAUGCUCCUGUGGGCAGCGUUUAAUAUAACAAGUUCACAUGGUCAUCUACUCUGAGCAGGGACAGCAUAGGAUAUCACUGUUGUUUUUUUUUCUUUGACAGCAAGUCUAUUUUUACACAACUGGUGAGCACUGCAGAAUUAUUCAUGACGAAGCAGUGAAGCAUUGUUUCUGUUUUCAUUAUUUAGCAUAAUUCAUUAUUAGCUGGAUAGAAUUAAAGUGACAUGAACAUCACCAGCCAUUACUUAACAUUAAUGGUUCUGCGCUUGCUACAUUACUGAAGUACAUAACAAUGAGCAAAAGCUUUCUAAACAACAACUCCUUACAGCUCGGAUGAGACUCACAUGAAAAGUAAUGAGAGCAUUUUGCCCUGCUCCUCAUGCUACUUGCAUUUAAUCAGGUACAAUGAGUGACUUCUUGCUGCUCUUGGGGCAGUUUAGUAAAGGUACAGAACAACUCACAACUUACUAACAAAUGAGAGCAAUCUCAGUUGUCCUGCAGUGAACUCCAACUAAGUUUUGAUUAAUAGCACCAAUAGACACAGCUUUGACUUU